AUGAAGAACCUGCCCAAGGGUAUUGACGAGACGGCUGCCAAGCAAAUCUUCAACGAAAUUGUCAUUCAAGGCGACGAAGUACAUUGGGACGACGUGGCCGGCCUUGACGUGGCCAAGAGCGCACUCAAAGAAGCCGUCGUCUACCCUUUUCUCCGGCCCGAUCUAUUCAUGGGACUGCGCGAACCUGCACGCGGUAUGCUCCUGUUUGGACCCCCGGGGACAGGCAAAACGAUGCUGGCCCGCGCCGUUGCUACCGAAUCCAAAUCGACAUUCUUCUCCAUUUCGGCAAGCAGUCUGACGAGCAAAUACCUCGGAGAGUCUGAAAAAUUGGUGCGCGCACUAUUCGCACUCGCCAAGGCUCUCGCGCCAUCUAUCAUCUUUGUCGACGAAAUCGAUUCGCUCUUGUCCUCACGCUCAGGAUCCGGCGAACACGAAGCCACACAGCGCAUCAAGACGGAGUUUCUCAUUCAGUGGUCCGAUCUCGCCCGCGCGGCGGCAGGUCGUGAACAGAGCGAUAAAGAAAAGCUGAAAGGCGAUGCCUCCCGCGUCCUCGUUCUCGCGGCGACGAACCUCCCCUGGGCUAUUGAUGAGGCAGCGCGUCGCCGGUUCGUGAGACGACAGUAUAUCCCGCUCCCCGAAGGCCAUGUCCGCGCCCUGCAACUCAAAACGCUGCUCAGUCACCAGAAGCAUAGUCUGAGCGAUACGGAUAUUGAUUGCCUGGUUGAGCGGACAGAGGGCUUCUCCGGAUCAGACAUUACUGCACUGGCCAAGGACGCGGCAAUGGGACCGCUGCGCGCGCUCGGCGAGGCCCUGCUGCACAUGUCCAUGGACCAGAUUCGGCCGAUUGAAUUGCGCGACUUCGACGCAAGUCUGACGAAUAUCAGACCGAGCGUGAGCAAGGCCGGGCUGAAGAAGUUUGAGGAAUGGGCAAGAGAGUUUGGCGAACGGGGGGGUUAG